GUUUCCCCUUCUUCAUCAUGUCUACCUACGAAUCUGACCAUAAUUUAAACACAAGCGAAAGCAUCAAUUCUCAGAAUGAUGGUAGGAGACAAUAUCAUUCGCUCUCUAGUGCCAUCGAUGCGUUUCUAACCACCACCGCAGCUUCCAAUCGAGAGCGAUUGAGUGGACGGGAAAUUUUUGAAAAUGCCUUAAGGAUGAUGGGAGAUGAGGAGAACUCUGAGGUGAUCCAGCAGUUUUUGCAGAACUUGGAUAGCGAAGGCACAGAAAUAAACACGUCUGUGGGGGUUGACGAUGCGUUUUUAGAUGCAUUGGAGAGAGUCGACUUGGACAGUUUAUCUGAGACAGCAGACUGUCCUAUCUGCACUAACAAAUUUGUGCAUAACAAGUACCCUUUGAUCGUGAAACUUCCGUGCUUUACUAAUGGGAAGUCAUCGAAACAACAUAUCUUCGAUAUGGAUUGCAUUGCACCAUGGUUGAAAGUCAACUCCACAUGUCCGAUGUGUCGUUGUGAUAUGCAUGAUGCAAAAAAGGCCCGAAGAGAGCAUUUGGAAGCUGAGCUAAGACGUGCCCGUGAGCAAGAAGAGGAAGACGAAGAAGACGAUGACAGAGGCCUUUAUGGUUGAUAUUCAAGCAUGCAAUCCAUUUUUUAAUCAUUACUAUAUACAUGUCUAAAAAUACAUUACUUGCCCUCCUUCAUG